AUGGUAGUUAUUCCAAUAAAUGUUGUGUCGGAUGUUAUAUGUCCAUGGUGCUACAUCGGUUAUCGCAGCCUUCAGCGGGCGAUCAGUCUCUACCAGAAGACAUAUCCGGGAGGUUCCAAGGAUGAAUUUGAGAUCGUUUGGAAGCCGUACUUUAUUGACAAGGAGCCACCUGCGGAGAGCGAAUUGAUCUCGGAUCGGAUGCUCCGUCGUGCGAAAGAUUCCAAGACGGUGGAAGCUGCCCAGACUCGCCUCAAGCGCGUUGGAGCCCAGUGUGGCAUCAAUUUCUCGUUUGAUGGACGUAUGGGGAGCUCCAGACUGGCGCAUCAACUACUACAUAUUGUGUAUAAGGAGAAGGGCAGUGAAAUGCAGUGCAAGGUUUCAGAACAGCUUUUCCGCUAUCAGUUUGAGAUGGGGGAAGAUAUCAGUAAGAUAGAUGUUGUGGUGGAGGCGGCUGUGAAGGCUGGCCUAUGCGAGGAUGAAGUUGCGGAUUGGCUGGUUAGUGACAAGGGGAUAGCUGAGAUGGAGCAGGAAGAGAAGGAGAUAAGGAGCACAGUGAAGAUUGAGGGUGUGCCGCAUUUUAUUAUCGGGAAGCAACAUUUAGAGGGCGCUGCGGAAUAUACAGAGCAUAUGGAGGCAUUCAUUGCUGCGCGUGGAGAAGCCGUCUAG